AAAAGGUGUAAACGUAUAACGCAGGAUUCUAGAAAAAAUAUUCUAAUAUCUAAUAUGAAUAACUCUAUCUGACUAAACAUGAAGAGAAACACGCACUUAUUCGAUCUUUAUUGGGAAGAUAUUAUAGUGACUUAUGUUCUACCUUACUUGACCAUACGGGAGUGUUUCAAUUUUCGCUGCGUGUCCAAAACCUGUCUUCAGAUAGUAAACUUGUAUUUUACGAAGAUGAAAGCAUUGAAACUAAUAAAUCAAGGUUUCUCGCCACACACACUAAGUGUAUUCGCGAUAAACUGUUCCAAGCUUACAGUAUUAAACCUGACUCGAUGCUCAACCGUCACAGACGCAGAUCUGAUCCCAGUUUUGCGGCAAAACGUAAAUUUGGUCAAUUUAAACCUAAGUUGGUGCAAUAAUUUGUCAGCAAAGUGUUUACAACCAGUUAUUCUGUACUGCAACAAUUUGCGUACGUUGAAACUGGCUCGUUGCUUGUGGCUAACUACAGGCGCGAUGGAGGCUCUAGCUUUACACCAGAGUAUGCUAGAAGAUGUAGAUUUGUCCCACUGUGUGACAAUCUCUGAGAGCUGCAUACUUAUAUUUAUAAAGAAGUUUAGACUCCUUAGAACAUUUAAUUUAGAAGGCUGCCAGAUUACGGAUAAGUGCUUGUAUGCCAUGUCGAAGAAUAGUAUUGUAUUGAGAAUGCUUAACCUGGUAGGGUGCUCUGAUAUCACAGACAAAGGAAUCAGAGCACUAGCCCUCCACUGCCCUAUGUUAGAAGGCCUUCUAGUCCGCGGCUGCACGAAGGUGACAGAGACCAGUCUGCAGCUGAUGCGGCCACGGGUGAAGAUGGAUCGGAGGGCUGUGGACCCGGUGCCCAUGCCUAUUUACAUACAGAUAUAAACAGUUUUGUGGGUA